CUCAGACGCCAGUCCUAGGCUCUCUUCUAGUGCAGCGCGUGCUCGGGAGCAGCUGGAAGGCUGAGUCCCAGGGCUGGACGGAAGGUGUAGUUGGGGACGCAGUAGCCGGCCCGGGAGUCCAGCUUUUGGGACACUCGGAAAGUCAGGCCAGUUGGGGGAAAGAAACCGAGGACAGCUGAGCGAUCAUCUGGGAAGAAGCUGGGCCGCAGGAAACUUUAUCUGAAGGUGGAGGCAGUCUCCACUCCGGAGCGUUGAGGGGACCCGCAGGGAGCAGCGGCGGGAGGGCGGGGAGGGGCGGGGAGGGCGCAAGGCGGAGCCGGGAGCCGGGCCAGGCAGCGGGGGCCCGGGCGGGCCGCAGAUCCCCGAGGCUCCCGCAGCCGCGGCAGGACCGGCCAGCGGCGCCAUGGAGGGGAGCCCCAUCCCGGUGCUGACGGUGCCCACGGCGCCCUACGAGGACCAGCGGCCGGCCGGCGGGGGCGGGCUGCGGCGGCCCACAGGGCUCUUCGAGGGUCAGCGCAACUACCUGCCCAACUUCAUCCAGAGUGUGCUGUCGUCCAUCGACCUGCGCGACCGCCAGGGCUGCACUAUGGUGGUGGGCAGCGACGGCAGGUACUUCAGCAGGACGGCCACCGAGAUCGUGGUGCAGAUGGCAGCGGCCAACGGGAUUGGACGGCUGAUUAUUGGGCAGAAUGGCAUCUUGUCGACACCUGCAGUCUCCUGCAUUAUUAGGAAGAUCAAGGCAGCUGGUGGAAUCAUCCUCACGGCCAGCCACUGUCCUGGAGGACCAGGGGGAGAGUUUGGAGUGAAGUUUAAUGUUGCUAAUGGAGGUCCUGCACCAGAUGCUGUCUCAGACAAAAUCUACCAGAUCAGCAAAACAAUUGAGGAAUACGCCAUAUGUCCUGAUCUUCGAAUUGACCUAUCUCGACUAGGAAGACAAGAAUUUGACCUGGAGAACAAGUUCAAACCAUUCAGAGUGGAGAUUGUGGACCCCGUCGACAUCUAUCUCAACCUUCUUCGGACCAUCUUUGACUUUAAUGCCAUCAAGAGUUUGCUCACUGGGCCUAGCCAGCUGAAGAUCCGAGUUGAUGCCAUGCAUGGAGUUAUGGGACCCUAUGUGAGAAAAGUUCUGUGUGAUGAACUGGGGGCCCCAGCCAACUCUGCAAUAAACUGUGUCCCACUGGAAGACUUCGGAGGGCAGCACCCAGACCCAAACCUGACCUAUGCAACCACGCUUCUGGAAGCCAUGAAAGGGGGAGAAUAUGGAUUUGGAGCUGCAUUUGAUGCUGAUGGGGACCGUUAUAUGAUCCUUGGCCAAAAUGGCUUCUUUGUGAGUCCCUCAGACUCUCUGGCCAUCAUCGCCGCCAACCUCUCUUGCAUUCCGUAUUUCCGUCAGAUGGGGGUUCGAGGGUUUGGAAGGAGCAUGCCAACCAGCAUGGCUCUGGACAGAGUGGCUAAGUCAAUGAAGGUCCCUGUGUAUGAGACCCCUGCUGGAUGGAGAUUCUUCUCAAAUCUGAUGGACUCCGGACGAUGCUCUCUGUGUGGAGAAGAGAGCUUUGGCACUGGAUCUGAUCACCUCCGAGAGAAAGAUGGCCUCUGGGCUGUGUUGGUCUGGCUGUCCAUUAUUGCUGCCCGGAAGCAGAGUGUGGAGGAAAUUGUUAGAGAUCAUUGGGCAAAAUAUGGCCGCCACUACUACUGCAGGUUUGAUUAUGAGGGACUGGAGCCCAAGGCGACCUAUUACAUCAUGAGGGACCUGGAGACUCUGGUUACAGACAAGUCCUUCAUUGGCCAGCAGUUUGCUGUGGGGAGCCACAUUUACAGUGUUGCAAAGACAGACAGCUUUGAAUAUGUGGACCCCGUGGAUGGCACCGUGACCAAGAAACAGGGCCUGAGGAUCAUUUUCUCGGAUGCAUCACGGCUCAUAUUCCGGCUCAGUUCCUCCAGCGGUGUGCGGGCCACCAUCAGACUGUAUGCGGAGAGCUACGAGAGGGAUCCCAGUGGUCACGACCAGGAACCACAGGCGGUGCUGAGUCCUCUCAUGGCCAUCGCACUGAAAAUAUCCCAGAUUCACGAGAGAACUGGCCGGAGGGGCCCCACGGUCAUCACCUGAGCACAGGACGGAGGAACACCACGAGAGACGCUUCACUGGGCCUUCUUGCUUCCUGUUUGUGCCUCUUAGGACUUUGGAAAAAACGAAAGCUAUUUUGCU